AUGGGUGAUGAAAAGAAAGUAGAAUGGAGAAUUAGGAUGGGAGAUAUGGGUUCAUCAGAGAGAGAAAAGCAAGCUUGCAUGUCAGGGCUUGGUUUCAAGGUGGGAAAGUUUGUUAAGAAAGCAUGGGAAUUGGGAGUGAAUGACCCCAGAAAGUUCAUCCAUUGCUUGAAGGUGGGAAUAGCACUCACCACUGUUUCUCUUGUUUACUACAUGAAGCCUUUGUACGAUGAAUUGGGAGGAAAUGCUAUGUGGGCUGUCAUGACUGUGAUUGUAGUCUUUGAGAACACAGCAGGUGCUACUUUAUGCAAAUCUAUAAACAGGAUCUGUGGAACUUCCCUUGCUGGGUUUCUAGGCUUUGGCGUUCAUUGGGUAGCUAGAAGAGCAGGAGAACAACUUGAACCGCUAAUUGUUGGCGUAUCAGUCUUUCUGUUAGCUUCCGCAGCAACAUUCUCCAGAUUCAUCCCCACAGUAAAGGCUCGUUUUGACUAUGGUGCAAUGAUAUUUAUCCUCACUUUCAGCUUGGUUUCAGUUUCCGGUCAUCGGAUUGAUAAAUUGUUUGAUAUGGCACAGAAUAGAUUAUCUACCAUUGUAAUGGGCACUUCAUUGUGCAUAGUCAUCAGCAUGACCAUUUGUCCCAUCUGGGCUGGUCAGGAGCUUUAUGUGUUAACUUCUGAAAACCUAGACAAACUGGCCAAUUCCUUACACGGUUGUGUGGCUACGUACUUUACUUCCAGCGAGGCCCCACUAGCUGAAUGUGAUGAUAAGAAGUUGCUGGGAUACAAGUGUGUGCUAAGUUCCAAAGCAACAGAAGAUUCUAUGGCUAAUUUUGCUAGAUGGGAGCCAGCUCAUGGUUGCUUUAGCUUCCGGCACCCAUGGAAGCAAUAUCUUAAAAUUGGUGCAUCCAUGCGCUGUUGUGCCUCCGUCAUAGAUGCUCUUAUUGGAUGCAUCAAUUCAGGAAACAAGGCCCCAAAUGACAUCAAGAAGCACAUCAGCAACAUCUCAUUAAAAGUGGGAGCCAACUCUGCUGGUGUCAUAAGAGAGUUAGCAAAUACUAUCAGAAAUAUGAAAAUAUCCUCUGAAGUUGGUAUGUUAGUUGCAGAGAUGAAUAGUUCAGCCCAAGAGCUACAGGAUGCAAUAAAAUCUUAUCCAAACAUGGUUAUCCCACCCUCAUCAUGUAAUGCCCCAGGCACAGAAACAGAAGCACCACACUCUGGAGAAAUGGCUCCAAAAAUGGAAAUCUCACUCAUGGACAUUAUUCAAGUGGUUACAAUUGCUUCUUUGCUUAUUGAAAUUGUAACCCGUGUGCAAGGCAUUGUGAACACUGUUGAAGAACUAUCAGACUUGGCUAAAUUCAAGAAAGUGGAGCGCACCAAAACCAAAGAAAGUAUAGGAUCCAACAAGUCCUUCCCCCACGAACAUGAAAGUGAAAAAGCCAUAACCAGAGUCGUCUGA